AUGGCUGCAUCAGUAGGUGGUGCAAUGUUCUUAAAGGCAGCUGAAGCAAGUGGCAACAUAAAGGAUGUUGAUUAUGUAGCAAAUCUGUUCAAACCCGUGAUCCAAGAAGUGGGUUCACAAAAUAUUAUUCAAGUGAUUACGAAUAAUGGAAGUAACUUUAAGGUUGCUGGGGGCAUAAUUGAAAGUAUAUAUCCUCACAUAUUUUGGACUCCAUGUGUUGUGCAUUGCCUAAAUUUAGCUUUAAAAAGUAUUUAUGAACCAUCUAAAAAUUCACCUCAAUUUGCUGAAUGUAAGUGGAUUGCUGAUUUGGUGAGUAGUGUGCAAAAUAUAAGAAAUUUCAUUGUUAACCAUAGCAUGGUACUUUCAAUUUUCAAUACUUACUCGAAAUUGGGUUUGCUAAGAGUAGCGGAAACAAGAUUUGCAUUAAACAUUAUUAUGGCAAAACGCAUGAGGGAAGUGAAUGAUGCACUUGAGAAGAUGGUGAUGGAUUCAAGUUGGAGAAUGCAUCUAAAAUGGGAUGGAAAAUCAGCAAUUGAAAUCAAGGUUAGGGAAGUUAAAAUUUCCAUUGUAAAUGAUAGUUGGUGGGCUGAUUUGGAAUAUCUCUUGGAUUUUACUGAGUCUAUUGUUGAAUUUCUAAGGUUAGCAAACACUGAUGCUCUUGUUCUCCAUUUGAUUUAUGAUAUGUGGGACACAAUGAUUGAGAAAGUUAAAUCUAGAAUAUUUGGACAUGAAAAACAAGAUCUGCUCACUGGCCAAUGUAAUUUCUUUGACGUCAUUCACAAUAUUUUGGAGACAAGAUGGAAUAAAAGUAACAAUCCACUGCAUUGUAUGGCUCAUUCAUUAGUUCCUAAAUACUACACUGAAGGUUGGAUUGGAGGUGGAAAUGAUGGAGUUUCACGGCUCUCACCACAUGAAGAUCAAGAGGUCUUUUUAAAUAGAAACAAAUGUUUCAAACGAUUGUUUAGCAAUCAAGAUGAUCUUCAAAAAGUUUAUAUCGAAUAUGGAGCUUUUUCAAGUGGAUCUGGUGGUGAUAAGUUUGAUAUUGAUGGUAAUACUCUUGGGGAACUUGUGGAGCUUUCCAUCAAUGAGCCUGAGUUAGAGCUUAUGACAUUUGAUGAAGAGUUUGAAGAGAGUACUACCUUAGGGACUGAACAACCUGAAGAAUUCCAACAAGGAAUGAUGGAUUGA